UCCUCGGUUUUUUGCACAUGCGUUGUGCAUUCCCUGUCGAAGAGUGUUGGUGGAGGGGGUGAAAUGGAGGCGGUCGAGGAAUUGAUGCCCCGGCUUUUGCCUGUGGAGGAUUGUGAUAUCUCGGAGGAUUUCGACCCUACUGUGCCGCCCAGAACACCCCAAGAGUAUUUAAAGCGGGUUCAGAUUGAAGCUGCAAAAUGUCCAGAUGUUGUUGUGGCCCAGAUAGACCCAAGAAAACUGAAAAAGAAACAGACAGUGAAUAUUUCACUCUCAGGAUGCCUCCCUGCCCCUGAAGGAUACUCACCAACUCUGAAAUGGCAACAACAACAAGUGGCUCACUUUUCAGCCAUUCGCCAGAGUGUGAACAAACACAGGGACCACUGGAAAUCCCAGCAUUUGGACAGUAACGUUACAAUGCCCAAACCAGAUGACGAAGAAGGCUGGAAAAAGUUUUGUCUGGGUGAAAAGUUGUAUUUAAAUACAGGUGUUCAAGUAUCCUGUGAUGAAAAUCAAGGAAUUGAUUAUGUACAGGUUGGCUUUCCUCCAUUGCUGAGCAUUGUUAGCAGAAUGAAUCAGGCAACAGUAACCAGUGUCUUGGAAUAUCUGAUAAACUGGUUUGCAGAGAAGGAAUUUACUUCAGAACUGGAUGCACCUUCCAUUAAAUUCCUGCAGGGCAGAUGGCUUUAUGCUCUGCUGGCCUGUCUUGAAAAGCCGUUGUUACCAGAGGCUCACUCCCUGAUUCGGCAGUUGGCCAGAAGAUGUUCUGAAGUGAGAGUCUUGGAGGAGAACAAGAAUGAAGAAAGAGUAUCUGCUCUGAACUUGUUAAUUUGUUUAGUUGGCAGGUAUUUUGACCAGCAUGACCUGGCUGAUGAGCCAGCUUGAUAAAGCAUGGAGAGCAAAGCAGCAUGGCCUCUCAUAAUAACUUUGGAGGAAUGCCAUGCAAUAAUCAACCAGCUCCUCUGUGACUUAAGGGUGAAGAACUGCAGCUGUGCCCUGCAUUCCCAUAAGACCUUGCUGAAGAGUAAUUCAAAACGAUUUUAGCAACAGUAGUGGACAGCUCAGCUUGGAAGAUAUCAACAGGGUGCCUAAACACUUCCUUGUAGACUCCUUUGCUGGUAAGCUGCGGUGAGCGCUAUAUCCAAAAUAUAAGCUCAUGCUGGUUAAACCAUGGAGUGAGACUAGUCGUUAAAAAAACUGCAGGUUUUUAAAAAAUCAGAUCUGUACAGAUUUCCCCUAUCCCCCAUCAAACAAUGUAAAAUUAUAUCUGACCUUUUUAAAAUUUACAAUAAAGUUUUUUUAAAGUCUUGAAUUGUAAA